CGGGGGCAAAGUCGAAAUGUUUUACCCCAACCAAAAUGGAGGAUUUUUAACUCUGUGACCAAAACAUGGAUCCAGCCUUGCUAAAAGAGAGAAAGGCUUUUUUAGACCGAGCUAAGGCCCAACCAGUGGUAGAAAAAAGAAAGAAAGGCAAAGAUGUGUCAGAGGACAGAGCUGCCAAAAAGCAGAAGUCAAGUUCUUCAUUCAAGCCAAAGAGUGAGUCCAGUUCAGCUCCAUUUGACUAUAAAAGUUCCUCUGGGAGUUCUCAGUUCAAGUUUGCUAUUUUGGCAAAAAUUGUGAAAUACAUGAAAUCCCGACAUUUAAAUGGAGACACACAUCCCUUGACAAUUGAUGAGAUUCUUGAUGAAACAAAUCAGUUGGAUGUGGGCAGCAAAAUUAAACAUUGGCUUAUCACUGAAGCACUGAACAACAAUCCUAAAAUCAAAGUGGUGGAAAAUGGACAAAAGUAUGCCUUUAAGCCUAAGUUUGACAUUCGAGACAAAACAAGUCUGAUGAAGUUACUGAAGUAUCAAGAUCUGCAUGGCUUGGGUGGCGUGCUGAAAGAAGACGUAGAAGAGUCACUCCCUAAUGCUGAGAAAGCUCUAAAAAAUUUGGGGGAGCACAUCAUCACAAUAGUGAGACCAAACGAUAAAAAGGAGAUUCUGUUUUAUAAUGACAAGUAUUGCAGAUACAAAGUGGAUGAGGAAUUUCAAAAGCUUUGGAGAGGAGUUUCAGUAGAUGGACUUGAUGACAAGAAAAUAGAAGAGUAUUUGGAAAAGCAGGGAAUUUCCUCCAUGCAGGAUGUUGGAUUGAAAAAGGCAGCUCAAAUUAAACGUAAGAAAGGAGGUGGAAAAAGAAAAACAUUCAAGAAGCACAAUGAGCAUUUGGAUGGGGUACUGGAGGAUUAUUCAGAGACUGUCAAAUAAGGUCAUGGAUAUCACAACGGAUAAAAUUUAUCAGGAAAUCAUAAAAUUUUGUCAUAUUGAGUACUUGUAUUUCAUUUUCUUGAAUACACUCUACAGUAAACUGUAAAAAAAAAAAAAUGGAAUGUGAGGGAGCAGCAAAAUCAUUUUGUUUUAAAUGAAAUUCAUUAUAAGUUAUGACAUUCAAGAGUAAGAACUUCUUGGUAAAAAAAAAUUUGAGCAAGUUUUUGUUAUA